UAAAUCAACAAGUCUCUCAAAUUGCAGAUCUUCAAGAGAAUCUUAAAUCCCAACAAGCAAAAAGCACCAAGGCAAAAGAUGAAUUAAAAACCGCCUUAACCACCAUGGAGCAGCUCAAAGAGUGGUUCAAAUCUGAAAGGGCCAACUGGGACACUGAAAAGGCUGGAUUGCUAAAGCGGGCGAAAGAUGCUGAAUCAGCUCUUAAACCGGUGGCGGAAGAACUUAGUGGAUUGAAGCGCCAAAUUAAUGCCAUGACUUCUGCAAUAUUUGGUAUCCGCAUUGCUCAUAUGGGCUCUGAUAUGUGGAAGAAACUAAAGGCCGCCUAUACACUGAUUGAACAGUUGUAUACCGGUGCCCAGCGGGUUAUCUGCGCAUCUUCCUACGACAAUGCGGCCCCAACACUGAUCAAGGACACGCUGGCUAGGUUAUCUAUGACACCAGCACAGAUAGAAGAGUUGAAGCGAUCCGCUGCCAGGGCUGGCACUUUGUUAGCACUUACUCGAGCCAAGGCAGGGAUAGCUGAUCUUGAUUCGGUUGAUAUAGCCAAGGGCUUCCCCAGUGAACAAGAAAACGGAGAAGUGUUUGAUAACGAAGCUCUUAGACGUGUGACAAGGGAGAUGCGUCCUCUGGCGAGUCAGUUGGCAGAAGAAGCUAACUUGAUGGUUCACCGAUCCUUCUAUGAUGCUAACAACAAACGGGUUGAGGCUGUCAUUCCAGAAGUGCAAAAUCUUAUUCCGCCAAUCCGUAAGCACACUUACACCCCUAACGUUGAUCCGGUUGAGCUUAUAAGUGAAGAGGUUGUCUUUCAGGCCUUAACCCGGAUUGACUGGACCACCACUGACUUCCAGCCAUUGGAUGGGGAGGAGGAGGCUGAACCGACGCCAGAUGACCCAUCUACUUCACAUCAACAUGGCGAUGAAGCUUGAUUCGGCAAUCCGGUUGAUAUGUCAGAAACUGUCCGGUUUAAAACAAUUCCAUAUUUUGGGCCGCUAAGUGCCUUGUAAUAGGGUAGCAAAAAUACUUUGAUCUGCUGCCAUCGUGUAGUAGGAGAUACUUUAUGUGA